AAGAAAAAAAAGAGAAAAAGGUUCAAACGGCAUUGGGCUUUCUUUUUAAGGCAGAGAGAUUUUUUUUUUUGGCUUUCAACAGCUCAAUUAAUUGAAAAGCUUGGUGGGCUGUACAUAAAUUGUUUGGGUCAUUGUUAGAAUCCAAAUCAGGAUACAUUGUCCCUAUUUAGCGGCAUGUCCUCCAAUAUAAUGAAGAGAGAGAGAGAGCCAUAUGCCCUAAUUUUAAAGUGCAUUGGAAGAACAAAUUUGGGCUGUUUGUCAGAUCCUGUCAUGGCCUUAAAGCUCUGUCCGAACUGUGGCCGAAUGUCAGUGCCAUAUCCGCUUAGCACCGGACCAGAUUGUGGUGACCCCUGGUACAAAGUUCGCUGCAAUGCAGGAACACUCAGGUUGGAUGGUCUCAAUGGAUCAUCCUACAUGAUCACUUCUAUCAAUCCGAUGACUCAGACCCUGAUCAUCCGUCCGCCAGGUUUUGCCCAGAACACCUGCAUGGCAGCUGAUUUUGGAAGCCAAGGAAUUCAGCUAGACAGCAACCUCCCUUUUAACAUAACUAGCACCAACACUGUCAUGAUCAUGAAUUGUAGCAUCGCGGUCCUGCAAGAAUAUGCAGCGCUCAAUUGUAGCUCGACAAGCAUCUGUCAUGACUACAUAAAGGGCAACCAAGAGGCCAGAGCAAAAUGUAGAGCAUUACCGGUUUGCUGUUGGUUUGUAACAGGGGGAACUGUACAUGCCCACAGAAUCAGGGUUCGCCCUGAAAGAUGCUCAGCUUAUCAAAGUUUUGUGAAUUUGGAUAUGAACUUGCCAGUCAGUAAGUGGCCUGCGCCAGGGCUGGAGAUAGAGUGGCUAACGCCAGAAGAACCAAGAUGUAAGCUGCCGGAAGAUUGCAAUGGUUUAUUGAAUUCAGUGUGCUUGCCAGAUCCGGUAAAUGUUGGGCAAAGAAGGUGCUUAUGCAAGUCCGGGUUUCAAUGGGACCCCAUCCAUGGAAUUUGUCGAGAUGUGAAGUGUAAACAUGGGAGAAGUUGCAAGCAUCAAAAGAAGAAGACAUCCAUCCUUGGAGGUGCAGCCUUUGCAGGAGGUGCAAUCCUAAUUGGACUUGUUAUUACCAUUGUUAUAAUCUACAAGCAACGGAAGCACUGUGAGAGAGAAGCUGAAGUCAGUUUAACAAAGGCCCAUAAAGAUCUGUUAAUCUCCAACAGUGGCAAACUGGCCAAAUUUUUCACUAGCAAAGAGAUAGCAAAAGCAACAAACAACUUCUCCAAAGACAAACUCCUUGGCUCAGGAGGCUUCGGUGAGGUCUUCAAGGGCAUUCUUGAUGAUGGAACAAGGAUAGCUGUCAAGCGAGCUAAGCUUGGAAACGCCAAGGGCGUUGAUCAAAUUAUCAAUGAGGUCCGAAUUCUUUGCCAAGUGAACCAUAGAAACCUAGUCAAACUCCUCGGCUGUUGUGUUGAGCUACAGCAACCUCUUUUGAUAUAUGAGUACAUCCCAAAUGGUAACCUUUUCGAUCAUCUUCAUAUGGCCUUCUCAGGUAAAGGGGUUACACUCUCAUGGCACCGCCGGCUUGGCAUUGCCUACCAGACAGCACAAGGGCUUGCCUAUCUCCAUUCUUCUGUGGUUCCACCUAUAUACCACCGUGACAUAAAAUCAAGCAACAUUUUGUUAGAUGAGAAUCUUGAUGCUAAAGUUUCCGAUUUCGGGCUUUCCAGGCUUGGUUUGAGUGAUGUGAGUCAUGUUACAACUUGUGCUCAAGGAACUUUAGGUUAUCUUGACCCAGAAUAUUACCUUAACUUCCAAUUGACUGAAAAGAGUGAUGUGUACAGUUUUGGAGUAGUUUUAUUGGAGCUAUUGACUUCCAAGAAAGCAAUUGAUUUUAACAGAGAAGAAGAAGAUGUGAACCUGGUGGUUUUUGCUAGGAAAAUUCUCAAAGAAGAAAGGUUCAUGGAUAUCAUCGAUCCUAAUCUUAUACAGGGAGCUGGCAAAAUGGAAUUAGAGACAAUGAAGGCUCUGGGAUUUUUAGCAGAAUCAUGUUUGAAUGAGAGAAGGCAGAAUCGACCUUCAAUGAAAGCAGUUGCUCAGGAGAUUGAGAGUCUUAUGAGUGUUGUCAAGUGAAUAGUGCCAGAACCAUUUAGCAAAUACAUUGCAUUUUUAGUCAUUACAAAAUGACAAAAUAUUUGCAAGAGAGUUCUUAUUUGUAGCAGCACCUUUAAUAAUUGCCUUUUUCUCUCUUGUAUUUUGCCAAGAGAAUUUUUUGUUUA